UUAGUUAGUUUCUUACGAAUGUUUAUGUAGUAUUUGUCGUUUGGUGUAUGAGUGAUUUUUUUUGUUCAGAAAAAAAAUUUCAUCAGCACAGAAACCUGAAAAAAUGAUACUAACCAUGGAUAAUAAAAUGUUAAUCAUAUUGUUUGUUACCGCCAUUUUAAUGUUAAUCAAUCAAAAACAAUGUUUGGCUGAUGAAAACAUAAAUGGUGGUCCACCGAGACAAAUUCCAGCUGCAAUCGAUUCAUAUCAUCAAAUUCGUUAUAUUGAAGUUCCAUCAAGAAAACAUGGUCCAAAAGAACCCCAGAUUCAUACCGUAUCAACAAAUUCUUUGCCAAUGAAAUUAUUAUUUCGUAGUACAUCAAGUCGUUUACAAAUUGAUCAACAAGAUAAUCAUAUACCUGGUAUAAUUCGGCCAAUGAUGUCACAAAAUCAAUAUUAUUACAGUCAACCACCAUCAAUCAUGCCACCAACACAACAAUUAUCACCAUCGAUGCCAACUUCUUUACCAACGAUAGCAUCGAUUAUAUCGCCUACAAUUAUUCCAACAAUGUUACCACAAUCAUCAUAUCCAAUUCCAUCAAUAACAUCAUCAUCAGAGCAAAUGAUUCCAUUGGUGUCAACUACUGGACAAUUUUUUCAAUCACAACAACAAUCACCAUCAUCAAUGACAUAUCCAAAUGGUGUGGCUAAUUAUCAACAGGGUAAACAAUUUUUAAUGCCAAUUAUGAAUAUCUAUCCAAUGAUGCCUGUCCAUCAUUAUGGAAAUUCUGUACAUGGCGCCCAUCAUCAUCAACAUCCUCAUCAUCAUCAUCAACAUCAACCAUUAUCUGUUAGUGGCCAUUAUCUUUUACCAAUCAACUAUCAUAAUCAUUAUCGAUCGGCAAAUGAUGGUCCAUUUUGGAAUUCAUUCGGUUAACAUCACGUGAGAAUUUCACAAUCGUUUUCAUUUUGGUUGUAAAUUAUUAUCAUCAUUUCAUCACAU